AGCGGUCCGUUCCUGACACGAACUGUUUUUUUAUGACGGGACGUUUGGAUUGAUGCUGCUCGUUUGAAGCGUCAGCGUUUUUGAUGUUUUCUUCACCCGGAGCUCUCCGAUUGGAUUGGCCAAUCUUCGGGAUUGGAAGUUUUCCGUAAAGUGGGCAUCGCUCAGGCUCUGACGAGUGAGAGGUCGGUGCCUGCAGAGGACAGCAGUGACAUUUGCAGUCGGAGAGUCUUCUUCUGGAUUAACAUCACAGGCUCUGCUCAAGGAGCCUCCAAACAGACCGGUGCGCUAUGAACGCCACAGCGCUUCUCAACAGGAACGCCGGAGCGGCUCACUUCCCCAAGGGUCUCGAAUCGGUGAUCCGGUGCUGCAACCUGACCGGGUCAGUCAUUCGGGAUGACGGCUUUGGGGUCUCCUUCCGGGACGAGCAGAACCACUACAUUGUGAGGGUGGUCCAGAUCGCCGUGCUCUGCGUGUUGUCGCUCACCGUGGUGUUCGGCAUCUUCUUCCUUGGGUGCAACCUGCUCAUCAAAUCUGAAAGUAUGAUCAACCUGCUGGUGAGGGACAGGAGGCCUUCCAAGGAAUCAGAGGCCAUCAUGAUCGGGUCUUACUAAAGAGGUCGACCCCAUGUGAUAAACUACCUGGAUCUACGAGUGUUGCGCACCUGGCUGAGGGGCUCGGUGACCGAAGAGCCAGGUAGCCUGGCGGUGACAGCGACGCUCCAGGGUGGCCUGUAGAUGUGUGACUACUAAACGCUUUUAGUGACAAUAAACAACACCGACCUGUUAGUGACCAUGCCAUGCGGAAGGAUAUGUGGAAGACCCUCAAAAAGGAGCCAAGGUAACAAGAGCAGCCUUUGUGUGGUUGGGACAAUCGAUAACUCCAGG